AUAUCACUGAGCUGCUCUCAAUGAUAUGUGAGAAGUCAUGGUGGUCAGGUGAAGUCCUUGGUGACUGGAAAAAAAAGGCAGUGUAGCAUUGCCUUCUUAAGAACGGUAAACAGGAUGACCCAGGGAACUAUCAACCUGUCAGCAAAAUUGUAAUUAUUCUUGAAAUUAAUGAUGUCAGCAGCAAAGCAUUAGACAAGUAGAAGCUAAACCAGGAUUGUUUGCUUUUUUUUCAUUCUUUCACGUAAUGCCUAAGUAAUGCUGAGUAGCUGCUGUGUGAGGUGUGGGAAGGAGUCGCUGAGUAAAGCAAGUAGGAAUUAACGCUGGCAUGGGAAGAAGGAAGGAACUGUGUCGUUUGUGGGAGGGGACUGGUGGCUCUGUGCUCAUUUCCUGUCCUUUCACAGUGAAGUUUUGAGAAGUUUGAAACAGCUACACAGCUGUUCAGGACAGCCAGUGACUUACAUGAAUUGCAGUUGUAAUCAUUUGGCAGCAAAGUACGUCUUUCUAAUGGGCUAGAAGGCAGAAAUUGUUGCAGUAUGGUAUAUUCUGCACCCUUUCAUUUUCUGUCCUUUCAGAAAUGGCUGUAACUAGCUUCCUGACCACGUGUGGGCUCUCGUCUCUCCCCUCUUUAUUGGGGUUUCUUCCUUACGGCUUUUUGGUGUGAAUGUGUUCCUUUUCACGGGGAAUGCUCUGCUCUGUUAUUCCUUCCAUUCUCUUCCAUGUCGUGAAGUGCCCCAGUCAGAUCAGGACCGCCAAAGGCGGAGCAGCAGACCCUUCCAUACUUCCAUAGAUCAGCGCUCUUGUUCCGCUUGUCUUUGCAUUUCGUGACGAUACUUCUCAUAGUAAGAUGGUGAAAGUGGGGCGGGCCCUUCACAAACCCUGAGUUGAGAAGUAAAAUCUCAAAUGGUGGUGGUAAAUCCGAGGCAGGAGAGCCUACGUGGGAACCGCGGUGGCAUUCCCUUCCCGUUGCGGCGGGUUCUUGAGAAGGGGAGGUGCCGUCUGUGACUGAUGGAGGAGCGUUAGGACUGACCGCGCGGCGCCGCGUUUCCCCUCAUGAAGCGGCGGGGCUCCUGAGGGGCCGCCUGGUGCUGCCGCCGAACUGCCCGAGCCCGCCAGCGGGCGGCGAGAGCGGCAAAAGCUUUGGCGCGUGGCGAAGGGAAGCCCUGGGCUGAGAGGAAGGGUGGUAGCGAUGAUGAGGCAGCUGGGAGCGAUGGAGGUGUUAGGCGCGGUGCCGUGAGGCAGCGGAGUGCGACCGUGGGGGAUGCGGUGGUUUGUGAGAGGCCGCGCUUGGCUCUGUGAAACUCAGGGAGCGGCGGCGUGUGGAGAACGCCGGCCGUGGUGCGGGCUGUCCUCAGGCUGUCCUCGCUGUGCUGCGUGUCUCUGCUUUGCGGCCCAGAGCACGGCGCAGAGUGACCUCAGGGCGGUGGGGGAAAGGAGAGGCUGUGGUUUCAGCUGGACUUUAAUCUCUUCUUGUAAAAGGCCAGUAGGACGCAUCUUCCAGCCCACCCACAGCAUACAACUGACAAGAAGUUCUCUGCUGCUGCCAUACAGGUGCACCUCAGAAUUCUCAUUAAGAGUCCAAAGAUCUUUUUGGAAGAUGCACAAAGAGAUACAGAAAAUGAAGGAAAUUAUCCUUAUUUACCUUGACCGAAGUGGUGGCCUUGAGAAAUUUGUGCACGAUUGCAAAAAAUACAACGACUCAAAACAAAGUUAUGCUGUGUAUCGUUUCGUUAUUUCAAUAAACCCUUCUGAUGUUGCUGAAUUGGAUGCAACUCUUGGAAACUACAUUCUUCAUAGGCCCAUGAAAGCUGCAGGGAUUUUUCAGUCAGUAUGUUUCAUAGCUAUUAAGACAUUAUCAUUAAUUGAACAGUUACAGACGGAGGCCCAAAUAAGCAUACUGCUGAAACCAACACAUUUACCACCAUUACCGAGUUAUGUUCUCAGUCUUUCUGCAUUUCCAUUUAAUUACACAUCUAAGAGAUUUUAUAUGUCUGAAGGAAUAGUGAUUGCAAUGGGAACUGUCACAAAAUACACUCAAGGAGCAAGAUUUCUUUGCACUGGGGAAACCUGUCCAUUCUCUGAAGGGUUUAGGUACAUAAGGGUGCAUCUGCCUGGAGCUACAGAAUCUGCCACAGUGAGGAAUGACUUUGUGUGCAGUUUGUGUUCUUCACCACUGCAGGAAGAUAUGAAAUUCAGAGUACUUGGUGAUAAACAGAUAGUUGAAAUGAUUGAUGCCAAAGUUCUUCGUGCUUUAAAAGGAUAUUCCGACCAUAAAUCGCAUUUUAGGAUUCAGACUUUUACAGUUUUCUUGAGAGAUGAACUGGCCAAUAGAAUGACAAUAGGAAACCACUACAAGAUCAUAGGAAUUCCAGCUUGUGUACAAAAUGGCCCACAAGCUACAGCAUUUAUAGAAGUCAGUAGUGUAGAGCUCUGUAAACCAAAUGGUCCUUCUUUCAUCGGUGAAAAUUUCAAGUAUCUACUCUCACUGACCUCAAGUUCAUGCUGGAGGUUUACAGCCACGCUUGCCAAUAUUUUUGCUUCUCAAGUUGUUCCACCAGGCACUUACAACACUCUUAAAUUGGCAAUAUUACUGAGUUUGGUACAGACGUGUGAAAUAGAAAAUGCAGAUUACCUCGAUCUACUGAUUGUGACAAGUGACACUCUAAUAAUUGAUAGGCUUCUGAAUUACAGCCUGUGUCUCCUGCCUCGUGGCAUACGCCACCCAUCCUCUAGUGACAUCUUUCCUGCUGUGUCCAAAGAUAAACAUGGAACUGGAAGUGCUAGUAUUCAAGCUUGCAGUGCUCUGCUGGCUCAGGGUGGUAUCUGUUACAUAGGAGACUUCUCUGCAUACAAAAAGGAUAAACUCGAACUCCUGCAAUCCGUGCUAGAGAGCAGGACGACAACGCUGUUCAUUCCUGGGAAGAAGUAUGGAGAAGAGGCUGACCAACAAGUGACUAUUUCAAUUCAGACCAACUUCUGGUCUUAUGUAGAUGUGGGUUCUUCCCCAAAGAAACAGACAGCAAGGGACAGCUUUUUAAUUGGGCAGAUGGACCUGAGUUUGAUUCCACCUAAUCUUUUAGAUGUUUUUGGGCUGUUGAUAUACAAUGAAUUUCCUUCGUGUCAGCUGUCUUUUCCUGUAGUGCAUCAUGUCUUGCAAAAAGCCAUUAAUCCUGAAGCCAUGCUGUACAGAGUCUCACAGCAGUUCAGAACACAGGAUUAUGAAGAGUUUAUUUCAUUCGCAAAGAAUCUUCAUGUCCAACUGAGUUCUGAAGCAGAAAACCUCAUUCAGGGCUACUAUCUUGCAAGUCGUAGAGUGAGGAGAGAUUCUUUGCGUGGAUCAAAAUUAUCAGCACCUGCACUAAAAAUCCUGAUUUCACUGUCCAAAGCUCAUACUAAACUGAGUUUGAGGAAGAAAGUCCUUGAGGAAGACGCAUUGAUUGCCAUCCUGUUGUUUGAGUCAUCUCUUACCCUAAAAUACGGUAAGUCAGCAUUGUGCAUAGAACCAAACGCAGUAUUUCCAUUCGACCUCAGUGAUGAAAACAGCCUCCAACAGAGAGAUAUUUACCUACUGCAGUGCCACCAUCAACUGCUUCAGUUUAUUGGUGCAUACAGCCCAGGGACUUACGUUAGCAUUAAUGAAGAAUGAACUCUGCUGUGAGUCCGAAGCUUCUACUUCAGCUUUCUGGCACUGCAGUUACAGAAAAAUAGACAACUGUUUUCAGUGCUAUUUUGCAAAGAAAUAAAGCAUAGCUGAUAGGAUUUAGUUGAAGUUUCCU